AAAUACACGCAGCAAUGGACAAUGACCGUGGUAUAUUCUACUUAUUCUCUCUCGCGAGAAAAUGCCACGAGCGCCUAUGUCGAGAGGAGUGAUCAUCAUCGCAAUCGUCUUGUUCGUCAUCCAAGUUGGGCGAUCGGUAGACGCAACGUCAGUGGUGGGAGUGAACUAUGGGACGCUUGGAAACAAUCUCCCAUCGCCGGAUCAGGUCGCCCAUCUCGUCAAUUCCUCCACCUCCAUCACCAGGAUCAAGCUCUACGACGCCGACGCCAGCGUCCUCCACGCCUUCGCGGGCUCCGGCGUCUCGAUCGUGGUGGGCAUCCCCAACGAGCAGCUGGAAUCGCUGGGCAGCAAUCCCACCGCCGCGGCCAUCUGGGUGAAGCAGCACAUCGUCGCCUUCCUCCCCCACACGAACAUCAUCGCCAUCGCCGCGGGCAACGAAGCUCUCACCAUCGCCAAUGGAUCCUUCUCCUCCUUUCUCAUGCCGUGCAUCAACAAUGUCUACGCUGCGCUCGCGUCGCUCGGCCUCCACGAUCGCAUCAAAAUCAGCACUCCCCACUCCUUCGCCGUCCUCGCCAUGUCAUACCCCCCAUCCUCGGGGACUUUCCGCCCGAGUUUCCUCCAAGUCAUAAUCCCCCUCCUCCAAUUCCUUUCCAAGACCGGCUCGCCGCUCAUGAUCAACGCCUACCCCUACUUCGCAUAUCAUAACGAUCCCGCCCAUGUGUCACUGAAUUACGCCCUCUUGCGCCCCGGCAAUGUCAUAGUGGACCCCCGGACGAAGCUGCGCUACACCAACCUUCUGGACGCCCAGCUGGACGCCACGUACGCGGCAAUGCAGGCGCUGGGCGUCCAUGACGUGGCGGUGACCAUCUCCGAGACCGGGUGGCCGUCCCGGGGUGCCAGUGACGAGCCGGCGGCGAACCUCACAAACGCCCGGGCUUACGUCAGCAACCUUGUGGACUACGUGGCGUCCGGCGUGGGCACCCCGGCCCGCCCAAACGCCAGCGUGGACGUGUUUAUCUUCGCGCUCUUCAACGAGAACGAGAAGCCGGGGUCGGUGUCCGAGCAGUACUAUGGGCUCUUCACCUCGGACGGUACAGCGGUGUACGAUAUUGGGCUGUUAAAGAGUCCGAGCUCUCCGGGCCCGAGCUCCAGUCCGAGCUCUCCGAGUCCGAGCUCCAGUCCGAGCUCUCCUCCUCCACCUCCUCGGUCGACGAACAGGCACAUUUGGUGCAUUGCAAAGCCCAAUGCCGACGAUUCGGUGCUUCUCAAGGGAUUGAAUUUCGCGUGUGGAGAAGGGUCCGCGGAUUGCCAGGCGAUCCAAAGAGGGGGCGGAUGCUACACGCCGGAGACGCUCAACUCGCACGCCUCGUACGCGUUCAAUGCGUACUACCAGAAGCACGGCAGGAACUUUUGGAAUUGCUACUUCGCUGGAGUUGGAAUGCUGUCCAUCACAGACCCAAGUUAUGGAGCCUGCAAGUACCAGGCUACGUGAUGAUAUAGGGUUGAGCUCUCGUACGUUUGUCGGUUUGUGAGAGGAGGUUCGAACCUGUGACUACUUUUGCCCCUGUCUCGCAUGUCAGCUGCCAGCGUGUGUCAGGAGAAGGAUGAUAUGACAUGCUCGCGUCGAUUUUUACCGAGGGUCUUUGUCAUGGUUUUUACUAUCCACAAAGAGUACAUUUUUCUAAGAGCCGUUGUGUAAGGUCCCACAUUGUGGCACUGUUCUAUAGGGCCCUCUAUACUAUGACAGUAAAAAAUAUUACUAUCCUUUUGUUCUUA